AUGGUCAAAAAAUCAACAACUUCAAAAUCAUCGUCAUUGACAUCCGCUGGCGAUGAAACGUCGACGACAAAUGGUAGCGAUGAUAUAACCAUGGGAGAAUCUACAUCACCAUCAUCCAAUAAUACUACUACUACUACACCACCAUAUACAAGAAGACAUAGUCGAUCGAAUAGUGGUGGUGGUACUAGUACGACCUCUACUACAACUACAACAAACAACUCAUCAACAUCUCCAUCACAAAAUUCAACGCCAUUAUCAACUAAAAAGAGAAAGUUUGUAAGCAAGAUACCUAUUCAUCAAGCACAACAACAACAACAACAACAAAAUACCUUACCGGCAACAUCAACAACAACAAAUCCAAUUAUUACACAAAACAAUGAAAUCAUCAUGGAAAAGAAAUCAGAGAUUGAUAAAAAGAAUGAACAAAUCGAUCAGUUGAUUGAAAAGAGACAGUCUAUGAUUUAUCAAUUAGUCUAUUUGGAUCAACCUUCUUCAGCUUCGAGUUUAUUAGAUUUUCAAGAAGAUGAUACAUUAUCAAAAAUAUAUAGUCAUGACAAUGAUGAUCAUAAUAAUAACAAUAACAAUAAUAAUAAUAAUAAUAAUAAUAGUAAUACAAUUACAACACCAAUAUCCAAAGGUAGAAAGAAAACUAUUAUUACAAUUAAAAAUAGAAAUUUAUCUACCUCUACUUCUUCAACGACUACGAUACCAACAACAACAACAACACCAUCAAUAGAAUCAUCUAAUACUUCUACCACCUCCACUUCAGAUAUAAUAAUAGAUAAUCCAAUUAAAAAAGUAAAGACAUCAAUUAAUUUGGCAACAUCAAUAUUUUCACAAGAUGAUCAACAAAGAAAAAAAGAACAAGAAGAAUUGGAACUAGACGAAUUGGAAGAGCAGUCAUCAAAAUUAAUUAUACCAUCACCAAAUAUAUUUUUACCAAUACCCAGAAUGAAUAGAGAGACUAUUGAAAAGGCAUCACAAGAUGCAGAGACACUUCGAAGGAUACAUGAACUACAGAAACAAGGUAUUUGGAGAAACAAACAACUCUAUAAACUGCCAGAACCACCAAGACCAAAGGUUCAUUGGGACUAUGUCCUCGAAGAGAUGGCAUUGGUGGCCGAGGAUUUUGGUAGACUGCGUCGUCAAAGAUCGCGGGUGCUCAAACACAUGAACAAGGAGGUCACCAAGUAUCACAAGGCAUUGGUCAACCAAGAGGAAAAGAUGGCCAAGGAGGAAGAGUUGAGAAGGAAAAAGAUCUCUUUCAACAUUGCCAAGGAAAUCAAAAAGUUUUGGACUCAAAUUGGUAAAUUGGUCAAUUACAAGUCACAGAUUCAUGUCGAUCACAUCAAGAAACAAGAACGUGAAAAACAACUAGAUCUAAUUGUCACUCGUACCGAAGAGUAUUCAAACAUGUUGGCUCAAGGUCUAAAAGAACGUGAACAAGAAGUUGUUCAACAAGAGGAAGAAAAGGAGGAAGAGGUAGAUCCAGAGUUGACCCAAGAAGCUAUGGAGCGUAUUAAAUCAAGACAAAGAUUUAGAGAUUUAAUGUCAAUCACUGAUCCAACUACAAUGGAUGAUUCUGAUGAUUCUGAUUAUUCUUCUGAUCAAGAUGAUGAACAAGAUGAAUUGGAUGAAUUGGAUGAAUUGGAAUCAGAAGGAUCAGAUGAAAUGGAAGAUUUGGAUUUACUAAAACAAGAUGCUGAAAUGGAUAUUGAAGAAUUGAUUCAAAGAGAAAUUAAAGAAGAACAAGAAUCACCAUCAAUGACAAGCUCCACCGGUGAACGAUCAGCAUUAUCUAUAUUCUUGAAUCAAUCAACUAUGCCAACCGAGAUCACAGCGUUGGCAGACGAUGCUCAAUUUCAAUGCCGACCGUCGUCUCUUGCUCACUGGCACGCCGUUGCAAAACAAUCUCAUGGAGUUGUGGUCGCUGAUGCAUUUCUUGAUGCCCGAUAUUUUCCAGUCGCACCGCGAGUUUCAAGAGUGGUUUUCUAUGCCCGUCACGGGUAUGAUCGAAGGCAACGAGUACGUCAACGACGAGCUGAUUGCCAGACUGCACAGCGUGUUGCGUCCAUUCCUCUUGCGUCGUCUCAAAAAGGACGUCGAGAAGCAGAUGCCCAAAAAGUACACACACGUCGUGCCCUGCCAGCUGUCGCGUCGUCAAAAGUAUCUCUACGAAGAGUUUAUCAAUGCCAACAGCACGCAGGCCACUCUCAAGGGCGGCAGCUUCUUUUCCAUCAUCAAUAUCUUGAUGCAGCUCAGAAAGGUAUGCAACCAUCCCGAUCUAUUUGA